AUGAAAGCAAAAGAAGUGUUUGAUAGAUGCCAAUCAGAUGAUCAACUUCCGAACGCAGACAUUGUUAUUGGAGCGGACACCAUCGUCGUCAAAGAUGGACAUGUGUUAGAGAAACCUAAAGAUGCAACCGACGCUAUUAGAAUGCUUACACAACUGAGUGGAACAACACAUCAAGCCUUAACUGGCGUACAGAUAUUCAGCAAAGCUCCAAACGGAGAAGUGGAAAAAAUUAACUUUGUGGAGAUAACAGAUGUUACUUUCAAAAAACUUGAUUUAGAGACCAUUAAAGCCUAUGUGGAUUCGGGUGAGCCAUUCGAUAAAGCCGGUGCUUAUGGUAUACAAGGGAAUGCUUCGGCAUUCGUUGAUUCAAUCAAAGGCGACUAUUGGAAUGUGGUGGGUCUGCCCAGAAACCGUCUCUGUAGUGAAUUAUCGAAACUAUGUAGGCCGUAG